AUGAUUCAAGUCGUCGACACAAGCGGGUCCGAGAGCGACAACGGCAGUAGUUUUGCCGAUGUCGAGCCAGCAGAAGCCCACGACUGGCUUGCCUCGAGCCACUCGUUUCUUGGCGCAGCAACCAUCGUCGGCAGUGACGACUCGGACAACGACGAUGACGACGAGGGAAUUAACGAUUGGCUCCAAAGCGGGCCACGCCCCGAUCUCCCUAUCCAAGACAAGCAACAUGCAAGCAUCCAGGAGACGCCCGACAUCCCGGUGCAGUCCAAAGCUCGCACGGAGAGUGUCGAGAUGAAGGCUGGAGGCCCCAACGAGCCUCUGCCUCUCGUGGCGGGCGCUGGUAUCCGUGACACAACCGUCGUCAAAAAGAAGAAAGCCCAGCUGCCCACCCACAAUUUGCCGCACCCGACGCCCAUCUCGGGCGACUGGCUCAACUCGCGCACGAUGAUCAACAACUACAUCAUCUUGGAGAGCCUCGGUGUCGGAAGCUACGCCGAGGUCAAGCUCUGCAAGGAAAAGGCGUCUGGACAGCUGUUUGCAAUGAAGUUUAUUGACCGUGACAUUAUGCACAAACACGGCAAGCUCAAUCGGCAACCCGACGCGCUCAACGACAUCAAGCGCGAGAUUGCCAUCAUGAAGAAGCUGAAUCAUCCGAACGUGCUGCGGCUCUUCGAGGUCAUGGACGACCCGCACGUCAACAAGCUCUUCCUCGUCCUCGAGUUUAUGCAGCUCGGCGACUUGUUGAGUUUUACAAAAAAAACCAAACCGGCCUCGACAAGUGACACGAUUUGCGCACCGAUGCUCGACCCGGAGCUGCACGGCGUCGCCCUCCAAGUGCUCCACGGCCUCGCGUACCUCCACGACCAGAACAUCGUUCACGGCGAUCUCAAGCCUCAAAACCUCCUCAUUGGCGAGCAAGGGAUCGUCAAGAUUGCCGAUUUUGGGAUUUCUCAAAAUUUAUACGGCAGCAAGCAGCAGCUCCUCGAGUCCAAGGGCACACCGGCAUUCAUGUCGCCUGAAAUGUGCUCGGGCGUUCAGUACUCGGGCCAACUCGCCGAUGUCUGGGCCGUCGGCGCGACCUUGUACAUGCUCAAGUUUGGCAACCCGCCGUUCGUGGCGAAAACGACGCUCCAAGUCUUUGAGAAGAUCCAGAACGACCCAGUUGUGCUCCCGGGCGCCGUGGACCCGGCGCUCGCCGACUUUUUACACAAGAUCAUGACCAAGGAUCCGAGUCGUCGCCUUGCGCUGGCGGACGCACUGAGUCAUCCGUGGAUCACGAAAGACCGAUCGCUGCGCCGACGACCGCUCUUGAACGUCCGCAUCACCGUAUCCGCAGACGAAAUCGACAGCGCCAUUCACGCCACGUCGUCCCUGCUGCCCGCCACGACGCCGAGCGCGGGGCUUCCUACCGCCCAGUCCAUGGGCACGGCCAUUAGCGCGCCACCAACGACGCCACCGACUUCUGCGCUGGAGGCGAAAGCCAACGCCCGGAGCCACCAAUUGCAGGCGCUGCACCGCAAUACUGGGUCGAGUAAGCGCCGGUUGCUGCUCCAAAAUCGCAACCAGCACCUCUCGAGCGAAGAGAUGCACUACCGCAGUGAAAUGUUUGCUCAAAAGAAGAGUCAUCCACGGCUGAUUGCACGCAACGAGAGCUCGUUCGACGACCUUCUCCUUCAUCCAUCCGACGACGCUGCCAACUCGAGCGACGGAGACGACGACGACGACGAACAUGCGAUCGCGCCAUCGAUGCAUCAUCUCGAUGAGCUUCUCUUGACAACGUUGGCCCCGACAGCACAAGCGGUCUUGCCACCAAUGCUCGACAACAUGGAUGCGCUCACCGCCUCGUCGGCCAACUUAAUGCUGCGCGAGCCUUGCAAUGCACAGCUCCACAUUCGUCUGGCGUUGGCGAGCGUCCAAGGGCGGCGCACGACCCAAGAAGACCGGUGCAUGGUGAUCCCGAACCUCGCUUCGUACGACUGUGGCCGCGAUACAAUGGCCUUUGUGGGCAUUUACGACGGCCAUAGCGGCGUGACGGCCGCCAGCUACCUCCAAGAACAUCUGCACCGCCGCCUGCUGCGAACGCUCACGCGCUUAUCGAGAGACGCCACGUCUCAUGCCAUCGUGGAUACCGUGCAAGACGCCUGCAUCGCGCUGGACAGCGACCUCUGCGAUCACUUGUACGCGAGCGACUGUCCGAGCGGCUCGACAGCGACGUUUGUGUUUCUCGAGUGUGCGCCGCCGUCGCGUCGCCGCCUCGUGCUCGGCCACGUUGGCGACUGCCGCGCCGUCGUGUGCCGCGAUGGUGCUGCUUGCGUGCUCACGAAAGACCACCGGUGCACGACCAAGGACGAGGUCGAUCUCGUCGUUGGCAUCAUCGGUGCCCACGCCAUUAUCAACAACCGCAUCAACGGCGUGCUUGCCAUCACGCGCACGUUUGGCGACCUCGAGUUCAAAGGUCGGACGCGCAAGGCGUCCGAGCGCGCCGCACGCGUCUACUCGCAAGAGGCCGUCAACACCGUGCUGAGCGCGACCCCGGACGUGCUCGUCCUCGAUAUCGAGGCCUCGGAUGCCUUCUUGCUCCUUGCCUGCGACGGGCUCUGGGAAGCCAUGAACUGCGAAGCCGCUGUCGCGUUUGUCGCGAGCCGCUUGGCGCUGCAUGGCCAGCUGCAGGUGGCAGCCGAAGAGCUCACGCAAGAAGCCGUGCGGUGUCUCUCAAGCGACAAUGUGAGCGUCGUCCUCUAUUUAUGA